GCACUUUCUGCAUGACUGAAUCGCACCCUCGGAUGGGAGCUGCUUUGUAUCAACGCAGGAUCGCGCGAUCACGUCUUGUGAGGCUUGCUUGGCCAUCCUCGCGUCACAUGGCAGGCAGGCUGCGCCUCCCACCUGGGUGAUCAAAACGCAGCCUGCCUCAACAAACAGCCUGCAGCACACGAAGAUUGCUUCCUUUACAACUGGUCUAGUAAGCUACUGCUUAGCACUUACAACAAGCCCGACAGCUACAUUCGACGAUAUUUGCGUCCACGAGCGAGCGGCCCUGCCUAGUCGAUUUCUCUAGCCUACUUCGAAGCCCCUCUUAGACCCGCUUCUACCCCACGUGCAAAUAACCUACACACGAACCUAUGCGACUGCUAUGUACUGAAAAAGAUGGGCGGCUCAGCUGGACUGAUGAUAUGUACGGCGACAAGAUCCCCCCCUAUGCCAUCCUGUCACACACUUGGGACGGGCAGGAGGUGGCCUACAAGGAUCUCAAGAAAUGCAGAGACAUGAAGGACGUUGAUCCAAAGCUUAAGGGAGGAUACCAAAAGCUUUUUUUCUGCGCUCAGCAAGCUAAGCGCGACGGUUUGGACCACUUCUGGGUAGACACAUGCUGCAUUGACAAGUCGAACAACACAGAGCUAUCAGAAGCGAUUAACUCCAUGUUUCGCUGGUAUCAGAACGCAAAGAAGUGUUACGUCUACCUGUCGGACGUUAAGUACAACGGCUUAGAUAGCGAGGGUGAGUUGGCUUCCAAGGGAAGCAAAUGGUUCACCCGGGGAUGGACGCUCCAGGAGCUCCUGGCUCCCAAAUCAGUCGAGUUCUUCUCUAAAGAAGGAGCGCGGCUAGGGAACAAGGACUCGCUUGGACAUAUCAUCCACAAGUUCACAGGAAUACCCCUCGAUGCUUUUUCAGGAAGGCAAAUGUCCGAGUACAGUGAAACUGAGCGGUUCUCUUGGGCAGACCGUCGCCAGACGACACGUCCAGAAGAUGGCGCAUAUUGUCUGCUAGGCAUAUUCGACAUUCAAAUGCCCUUGAUCUACGGCGAGGGUAGAGAGAAGGCAUUGAAACGAUUGAAGAAGGAGAUACAGGAGGGUGCUGUGGACACUGCAGAUGCCUACAAAAAGAGGCUUGGCGAGAUUGGCAGCUGGCUUUUGGCGCCUGACCCAUCCACCAACUACCACAAAGCGCACAAGCAGCGGCAGGCUGAGACUGGACUCUGGCUACUAAAAGGCGCAAAAUUCGCCAAAUGGAAGGAGAGUGCUGCGUCGCGACUGUGGCUGUAUGGGAUCCCAGGUUGUGGAAAGACCAUCCUAAGCUCUACCAUCAUUGAGCAUCUGCUGCAGCACUGCCAUGCUAACGCUAGCAUGGUCACAGCUUACUUCUACUUCGACUUCAACGAUAAACAAAAGCAGGAUCCAGAGCUAAUGCUCCGCUCGUUGCUCUGCCAACUCGUGCAGCGUUCGGUCACGAUACCCAAGGGCGUUGAUGCGUUGUUCUCAGCUUGCAACAACGGGCAACGAAAGCCGUCACUAGAUGCACUUCUGGAUGUAACGCCGCAGGUAAUUCAACAGUUCACGCAUGCCUACAUUGUUCUAGAUGCGCUCGACGAAUGCACUCAGCGCACAGAGCUGAUGGACGUACUUAAGACAGUAAUCAAGUGGCAGCUUGACGAGGUUCAUCUGCUCAUGACCAGCCGGAAAGAGCAAGGUAUUGAGAGCAUUUUAGAGAUUUACGUCAAGCAAGAGGACACUGUCUGUCUUCAAAGGGACGUAGUGGACAGGGACAUAGAGCGAUAUGUUCAGCAAAGGAUAUCUGACGAUAAGAGUUUAGCAAAAUGGAACAAGGACGCUGCUGUAAGACAAGAGAUCAAAGAUGCUUUGAUGCACGGAGCUCGUGGGAUGUUCCGAUGGGCUGUAUGUCAGCUUGACACGUUAGCAAAGUGUCGCAAUCGAGCGAUGCUGCGCAAGUCGCUGGCCACUUUGCCGCAAACGCUUGACCAGACAUACGACCGCAUUCUCACUGCUAUAAGCAAAGACGACUACGAUUACGCAAUGCGCAUCCUUCAAUGGCUGGCAUUCUCUGCGCGGCCACUCUCUGUUGAAGAAAUCGCUGAAGUUGUUGCUAUCGAUACGGCGCGCAACGCAGCGUUCAACCGUGAUGAGGUGCUAGAAGACCCGCUAGAAGCGCUGAACAUCUGCUCAAGUCUAGUCACUAUCACCACAAACAAAGCAGAGGAAGGGCUGCUGCCUGUCCAGCAAAUCAUCGCCCUAGCACACUAUUCGGUCCAAGAGUAUCUCGUGUCAGACAGGAUCAAGCAAGGAGAGGCAAAGCAGUACAGCAUACAGGAGGUUGAAUGCAACAACGUGUUAACAAGGGGUUGUUUAUUGUACCUGAACCAGUUCCAGCAACCCUUAUCACAAGAGACUCUGGAGACAUCAGCACUUGCAAGGUACGCAGCAGAGUUCUGGAGCAGCCAUCUUCGAAAAGCAGGGGACGAGGCAGAAGGAAGUGUGCUAGCGAUGAGUUUGAUGUCAGCCGACAACCCCGCAUAUCUCUCAUGGAUCCAGUUGUGGGAUCCAGACAAUUCAUGGCGACAGCCGCAAUUAAGCAAGAGUCUAGAAAGCAUAGCUACGCCACUGUACUAUGCAGCACAGUUAGGCCUGAAUAGGAUUACAAGACUGUUGCUUGACAGAGGCGCCGACGUCAACUCGCAGGGUGGAGAGUACGGCAACGCACUGCAGGCAGCUUCAGUUGAAGGCGAGGAGCAGGUGGUCAAGAUGCUGCUUGACAGAGGCGCCGACGUCAACGCGCAGGGUGGAGAGUACGGCAGCGCACUGCAGGCAGCUUUAUAUGGAGGCCAUGAGCAGGUGGUCAAGAUGCUGCUUGACGCAGGUGCUCAUCAUCCUCAGGAAGACGAUCAUGUGUUGAGAUUGAAAUAGCUUCACUUGUGUAUGCAGCAAGUAUGUAGAGUUAUCAGCAAACGAUACAUAGUAGCAAGAAGGUAACUUAAAGCUGUCAGUGUGUGCCAUGUCUACUCUAAGGGCUGGCCCAGGUUAGGUAUGGCGCUAAGUUCAUUGAUGUAGAAUACAGAUAGCUUCUCAACACUCUAGAUGCUGUCAAUGCA